GUAGAACGUCUUGUGAGUUCGCACAGGUACCACCACCCUGCUUAUUCCUGCCGCGAAGUAAUGCGUUUCGGUUUGAAGGGCGGGGUAGCCAAUGUACUGUAAAAACUGAGACCUUAGAACUCAUGUCUAGAGGUGGAUGGCGGCAUUUACGUUGUAGAUCUCUAUGGGCUCAAGUAACCACUUUAACACCAGGUGGGUCGUGAAUUCGUCCACCCAUCUAACCAAUAAAAAAAUAGAAAUAUAUUUAUAUUUAUUUUCUAUAUUAUUAUUACCGAAUCUAAAACGAUACAUAUUAAAACGGAACGUGUCUAAUUAUUUACAAGUCUAUCACGCGUGAGCGAGCAGUUACGCAUUAAAAAAAUCAAGACCCACAAAACCCAGCGUAGUGAAUGUUUCAAGUGUAUGUUGUAUUUAUUGAGUGUUUGCGCUCCGUGAAAGGUGGUCUUGUGUGCGGUUCAAAAAUGGAAGACUUUAUUGGUGUUAAAUAUAAAUUGAAAUCCUCGGACAAUUUCGACGAUUAUCUCAAGUUUAUCGAAGUCGGUCUACUGAGCCGUAAAACAGCCAAUGCAGUCUCACCGGUUUGCGUGUUGACCCGCGACAAUGACGGCGUCUACACCCUGACCAUGACAACAACCUUCAGAACUGUAAAAAUGUCUUUUAAACUCGGCGAGGAGUUCAUAGAAGAACGACCGGACGGUGCCAAGGUGAAAUCUCUUUUGACGAUCGAAGGAAAUAAACUAAUACAAACUCAAACAGAGAAUAACGGAAGAAAGUCCACUCAUGUACGUGAAUUCACGAAGGAUAAACUAACUGUGACGACAACAGCUGAAGGCUGGGACGGACGCUGCAUACGAGUUUACGAAGUGCUCCCUUAAAAACAAUUAUUUUAUUGCCUUGCAGGUAGAUGAACAUGCGCCCCACCUGAUGGUAAGUAGUCACCGUCGCUCAUGGACGUCGGCAAUGCCAGGGCGCACAGCCAAUGCUUAGGACUCUUGCAAGCCUCGUUCGAAAGAGCCCUACUAUCAUUAUCAUAUCAAAUAAAGAUAUUUGUACAUAUUUUUCUCUAAAUACUUAGAUUGUGUAAGAUCAAUUAAAAAUUGUUACAUAAAUUCCUUGUAAUGACAUGUAAUUCUUAUUGAGAAAUAAAAAAAAAAACAUACGUUGAAUAUAUAAAAAA